GGGGAAGGGAAGAUCAUAUAAACCACUUCCAUCAUCUCAUCGCAUUACUGCUGGACUAUAAUAUGAUAUCGUUUUUCUGCAUCAUCUUUUAAUCUACACUUUUACACAUCCAGCUCACACUCCUUAGACCUUUUUUAUUGAUUGAGUGAUACAUACUCCAAUCAUAGUCGCUCCUUUUAAAACAGCACCAUGGGUUCAUCAACCGCUCAGAACAUCAGUCAAAGACAGUCCCAUACGUAUCAGAAAUCUGCCUCCUCCAUCGUGCCAACGGUACAUGGCGUGCGCAGAACAUAUCAAGCUCCCUCCAACCCACCCUUCGUUCACCAUGAAAAUGAAUAUACGGAAUCACGAACACUUUCUACGAGAGCUUCUCUACCGAGUUUGCACACCACCAUGUUCAAGCAAGCCAAUGCCACUUCGGCUAUGUUGAGACCGUCAUCUGCACACACAUCCAAGAGAGCCGUGUCUGGGAUGAAGCGACUUUUACCCCUCCGACUGGCGACUCCACCACUUUCAGAAGAUUCGGAAGAUUCAGACUCGCACUCCACAUCCACAUCAUGUAAGAGGUCGACUUUCGGUCAACUAGAACGUUUGGGAGAUUUAUCGGAUUUGGGAAACAUGUCGCAACGAAGAUUGCACGGUACAUCGCUCUUAGCCAUCCGACCCGAGAAAUAUCGAGACACUCCCAUUAUUUCAACAGAUGGAUCGCCUUUGAUCGGAAGUCCUCUCUAUCAAGAGAGCUGUACUAAGUGGGAUGAGAUUGAGUGCACUACAUCUUGUAUCAUCGAUGCGUAUGAGGGACUGAGUGAUUCGAGUUCGAGCAAAGGAUGCGGUUGGGAUGACUCAAAUCAUGACACACAUGAAACACAAAGUGCGACAUUGUCACCUCUCUCCCCCAGAAGACGUCAUCAAGCAGAUUCCGAGUUGUCUUUCAAAUGUAUGGGCGAAGAAAAUGAAGAAGUGGGAGAAGGCGAGGAGGGUGAACAAUCCGAAUCUUCAUGGUUUGCUGGUUCGAAAACUCAACGCCGAGUCACUCCUAGAUUGUCGACUUUGGAUAUUGAAGAAUGGCUCGACGACAGUGAGAGUAGCAUGUGUGAGAGUUCAGAUGACGAAUCUGAUGACUUUUUUGCAUGCGCAACAGCUCUUGCACCAGCUAAAGCACAAGUUAUUCACGUGAAUCAUAAAAAAACUCAGAGCUUGUCUAUUACUAUUCCUGAGCGAUCAUUACCCGUUGAAAUUUUAAAACAUUCCGACUCAUCUGCUCUUCGAAGAUUAACCUCGCGUUCUCCAAUCGAGACAUCCCCAAUGGAGGAUCUGGCCAUGUCCAGUCCUCCAACUUCACCCGACGAACCAGAAGCACACAAAUUUUCUAACUUUAGUCAACGAAAAAUCUCUCGUUCUCCAGCCGAUCUUUCCCCAACACCAGCUUCUCCAGAUACGAUACUUGAUAUCGUAGCCGCAAUCGAAGAAUGCACUUCGAAUUUUCCUACAAAAAUGUUAUUAGCUGAUACUCCAUGCAUAUCAUCCAUUCGUUCACACCUUAAAGCUACAUCAACAGUCUCUUUCAAAUCAUUUCAACGAUCAAAACAACCACCAGCUCCACCAGCACCAUCAACCACAACACUUAAACCACCCCACCACAAAGGUCUCAACCGUCGCAAUCGUCCUCAAACAAUCUGUCUUUCCCCAACCGAAACCAAAUCAUUCAACUUUUCUAUUCCUACUACGCCACCCGUCACUCCUCCCUUCAGUCCCGAUUUCACCUUUUCCUCCCUCGCACCCGACACCACCAGCGCAGGUCCCUCCCCCAUUCUCCCCACCUUCGCCUACCAGCUCGCAGCCGCCAAUCUCCAACCUCUCCACGCUAUCUUCCCGGUUUCUUCCGAUUUCCUCCGCUCCGCUCUCUACGCCCAUAUCCUCGCUUAUAUUUUCCUACAAUCGCUUCCCUCUUCUACCCCUCCAUCUAGUACUCCUCUCACCCGCACCCCCACUAUCAAGCAUUCUCACUCCGCUUCCCACAGUCUCCGCAAAUCUUCCUUCCACAAUACUACCUUCUCAUCUUACACAUACAACAACACUUCCCUCGUUGGUAUUCCUGCCAAAGCAGCCUCCACUCUCGGUCUCUCAUCGUCAACAUCCAUUCGUCGCAAUGGGACUCUGGGAGGAGGAGCGGCCGCAUCGCAAAACAAAAAGAUUGAAUUAAAUCUGAAGACUUGCAUUGGCAAAUUGUUGAAGGGUAUGCAGGGAAGUGUGGAUGUGGAUGGAAAUGGAAAGGAAGUGGAAGGAUGGGUUUUGAGAAGCUUGGUUGAGGUUGUGAGGGGAUGUGAGGGAAUUUAGAAGAUUCUGUGUGAUGUUUUCUUGGAUGGUAUCUCUUGGUUUAUUUCUUUUGUAUAGUUUACUCUUUUUUUUUUUUCUCUUUUAUCGUUUCCCGGAAGGGAUGGCAUGGAAUGCAAUGCAAUGCAAUGGGAAGGGAAGGGAAGGGGCUAGGGAUUGAUAUCCAAGGGAUAGGAAAGGCUAGGAUAGGAUUUAUGGUAUAUAAUGAUAUAUCUCUGAAAUAUCAUGGUAGUAAGGAAAGGAACAGGAUAGGAUAGGAUAAGAUAUCUAGGCCAGGCCAUUCAUUUAUCGUCAUCAUCUUCUUAAUUGUUCUUGUUUUUGCUCUUCUGUAUUCUUUUCUUUCCUUUUCUUUUUCCUUUUUCUUUUUUUUUUAUAUUAUAUCCAUCGUCUUUUUAAAUGUCACUUAGCAAGCAAGGUGUUUGGGGUUAGGAAACCGGAAUGACAAUUGGACUUUUUAGCGGGGAGUAUGAGGACCUAUCAUAUCUAUGUUUGUAUGAUUUUUGAUGCUUGGGAUGGGAUGGGAUGGGAUAAGAUGGGAUGAGUAGAUACUUACUUACUUUUAAUUGGGGAUUCUUGUAUUUAAUUUAUUUAUAUUUAUUCACCUCUACCUUUAUAUCUUUAUAAAUAUAUCUCUCUUAAACUCACA